AACCGGGGGCCCAGCUCGAGCCGCCCGCGUCGCUUUGGUCCCCGCUUCGCCUCGGCCCAGGGGCGCCGUCCAGGGCCGAGCCUUCUCCGUGGGAACCGGGGAACCGGCGUCUCUGCUGCGCCCUCCCAGGGGCCGGGCAGGUGGCAUCUCCCCAGUAACUGGAUAAAAGAAGACUGGAAACAUGUCCGAGUUUUGGUUAAUUUCUGCCCCUGGAGAUAAGGAAAAUUUACAAGCGCUGGAGAGGAUGAAUACAGUAACCUCCAAGUCAAACCUGUCUUAUAACACCAAAUUCACGAUUCCUGAUUUCAAGGUGGGGACCUUGGAUUCCCUUGUUGGCCUCUCUGAUGAGUUGGGGAAACUCGAUAUCUUUGCUGAAAGCCUCAUAAAGAGAAUGGCCCAGAGUGUGGUGGAAGUGAUGGAAGAUGCAAAGGGGAAGGUCCAGGAGAACCUUCUGGCCAAUGGAGCUGACUUAAUGUCCUUUGUGACCCACUUCGAAUGGGACAUGGCCAAGUAUCCUGCGAAGCAGCCGCUGGGGAGCAUAGCAGACACUCUGGCAAAGCAACUGGCACAGAUUGAGAUGGACCUGAAGUCCCGAACGGCCGCCUACAGCGCUCUGAAGACGAAUCUGGAGAACCUGGAGAAGAAAUCCACGGGGAACCUCUUCACUCGGACACUGAGCGACAUUGUGAGCAAAGAAGACUUUGUGUUGGAUUCUGAGUAUCUGAUCACACUUCUGGUCAUUGUUCCCAAACCAAGCUAUGCACAAUGGCAAAAAACCUACGAAUCCCUCUCGGACAUGGUGGUCCCACGGUCAACGAAGCUGAUAGCUGAGGACAACGAGGGCGGCCUCUUCACCGUGACUCUGUUUCGAAAAGUGAUUGACGAUUUCAAAACCAAAGCCAAAGAGAAUAAGUUCACUGUCCGUGAAUUUUACUAUGAUGAAAAAGAAAUUAAAAGGGAAAGGGAAGAGAUGACCAGAUUGCUGUCGGAUAAGAAGCAACAAUACCAAACUUCCUGUGUUGCUCUUAAAAAGGGAUCAUCCACCUUCCCGGACCACAAGGUUAAGGUAACCCCGCUAGGGAACCCUGAUAGGCCCGCUGCGGGGCAGAACGACAGAGAGAGAGAGAGUGAGGGCGAGGGUGAGGUAAGCAACCCCCCGGGAGCCCUGGGGUUCCCCGGCUCGCAUGUCCUCGCCCGCGCAGGCAUCUUUGGAGAAAACAAAUCCUUGCGUUUCCUGUUAUCUACUACGGCUUUUGAGGUCUUAAAUUCAAGGAUUCCAGAAUCAUGCCUUCCUCCUAAUCUGCAGGGUCUCUUGGGAGCUGCCCCUCCCCCUCCCCCUCCCCCAGCAAUGAUUGGUGCUUGCUGGCCAGGGUGCCUUUGUCCUGGCUGGCGGUGGCUGGAGCUGGUGAUGGGGCAGGUCCUGGCUGGGGGAUGGUGGUCGGGCAGCUCAGCUCUCUUCCCCUGGGUGCCCACCCCUGACCCACCCCUGACCUUUGCGGGCAUCCCAGGAGGACCAGCCAUACCAGCAUUAGCGAUAGCGGCUGUGGCCACGUGCAGUGGGGCUGUGAGGAACCCCCUGGAAGUGGCGGCUGGUGGAUGAUGCCAGGACUUGGGGUGGAGCCUUCGAGAAGGGGGGCUCCUUGGCGGCACAGUGUCAGCCAGAAGCUUCCUGGCUGUCUGCUGAAAGCCCCGAGGUCAGGGGCCGCCUGGCCCCCUGCAGCCCGGUUGGUGAUGGCCCCAUGCAUGUGCCGGGUGGCUGGCCCACUGAGCCGCCCCAGCGCCAGGUGCCCUGGAGAACGUGGGCCUGGGCCUCACCCUGGCCUCGUCCGACCGACUCGCUGCUUCUGCUGGCCCC